AUGAAUCACGAUCCUUUCCAUUGGGGUAGACCAAAUCAAGAAACUUAUGGUACCUACAAUUAUAAUAUUGCACAAGCAUCAAAUCAACAACAUGAGAGUCAAUUGGAUGAUUUCCCAAAAAUGCAUACUCAACAACCAAUUAUAACUGGUACAUCUGUAGUAUCAUUAAAAUUCAAAGAUGGGAUUAUAAUUGCUGCUGAUAAUUUAGGAUCAUAUGGUUCAUUAUUAAGAUUUAAUAAUUUAGAAAGAUUAAUUAAGGUUGGUGAUGAAACUGUUGUUGGUAUUUCUGGUGAUAUAUCUGAUUUACAACAACUUGAAAGAAUUUUAGCUCAAUUAGAAAUUGAAGAAGAAAUUUAUGAUAGUGAUGGUGGACAUAAAUUAAGAGCUCCACAUGUUCAUGAAUAUUUAUCCAAGAUUUUAUAUAAUAGAAGAUCUAAAAUGGAUCCCUUAUGGAAUGCCGUUAUUGUAGGUGGAUUUAAUGAAGAUGGUACACCAUUUUUAAAAUAUGUGGAUUUAUUAGGUGUAACUUAUGGUUCAUCAACGUUAGCUACUGGUUUUGGUAGUCAUUUAGCUGUACCAUUAUUAAGACAAUUGAUUCCAAAUGAUAUUGAUUAUACUAAAGUGGAAGAAGAAGAUGCAAGAAAAGUAUUGGAAAAUUGUAUGAGAGUUUUAUUUUAUCGUGAUGCAAGAGCUGCCGAUAAGUAUUCUUUGGUAACAAUUAAAUCCCAAACAAGUGAAUCUGGUUCCAAGCAAAUAACAUUUAAUCAUGAAAAGGAAUUGAAGGUUGAAAACCAAAGUUGGAAGUUUGCUAAGGAUAUAAGUGGAUACGGUAGUAAGCAAUUAUAG